AUGGCGGUUGGGGAUGGAAAGGAUGCGGGAGAGCGCAGUGCUAGGAGCUGUAUUAGUAGUAGUAGUAGUAGCAGCAGCAGCAGCAGCAGUAGCAGUAGUAGUAGUAGUAUUAGUAGCAGUAGUAGUAUUAGUAGCAGCAGCAGCAGCAGUAGUAUUAAUAGUAGCAGUAGCCGCAGCAGCAGCAGUAGUAGCAGCAGCAGUAGUAUGAGUAGUUCCUUACUGGGCAAGUGGGUUGCAUACUCAUCUAUCAGGCUGUUUGAACGCAGCAGAGGCCUGCGUGGUAUUGUUUUGACUGAAUCUGUUCCUAGUAUUGAUGACCAGUUCAAUUCUGUUGAAUGUGGUGCUAGGUCUGCAGUUGAGGAUGACAAGAAAAGUGACUUUGGACAUGCCAAGAUACAGUACCUUGGAUACGUGGUGGGAAGCAAUGAAGUGGCACCAGUAGAUGCCAUGGUGAAGGAUAUCAUUGCCAUACGGCCUCCCACCUCUAAAAGAGAGUUCAACGAUUCCUCGGAAUGGUUGGCUACUACACCGCCGUUUCUGUGA